GUUCUGUGCUUCUGCAGGAUCUGAGUGUUUUUCACUUUGCCACCGUGCGUAAAUUCUCUCAGGACAGCAACGCAAAACCAAACCAUGCUAGGAAAGCAGAAACUGUGAUGAGGGAGCAGUCAAGUGAAACCAGGACUUUGUAUAAUGUUCUAGUCCUUGAACAUUUUACCGCUGAAAAGACAAAAAGAACAGAAAUCUUCCACAAGAGCAGAAGAACAGGAUUUUGCAUAUAACAAUUAUAAGUUCAUAAACUAAAAUUAAAAUAAAAAUAAAAAAUCUCCCACUACAAUAUCUAAUCCUGUUAUUCUCCUGUUCUUUACAUUGUGCAUUGUAUGACUUAUGAAGCAAUGGUACUUUUGAUUGAUGAGCUUGCAUUAUUAAGUUGAGAGGGAGUUGUGACAUUUCCUUUGUUAAUGUAGAAGCCUGGUGCAGGCAGGUCAACCAGGUCACCACGUCCUCGCUUGCACCAUUGCCUAGCGUCUAACAGACGUUUCUUUUCUGUACCCUAUAAUGUGAACUUUCUCCAAUAAACUUUGGUCUAAUAAUUUGAAUGGCAUUCAGUGUAUGUGUCUUUUACCGUUUUAUGUUGGCUUAGUUUAAGCUGUAAUAGAAUCAGCUUUUCCAUUGCAUCAUAUAAAAAACUUUGAUGUGUGCUUCUAGGAAUGAGGAUGUAGACGGAGAUGUGAUGCUACAUGAUGUAGUUCCUUCAACAAGUGAAUAUGAAGAGGAACCUCAUCCACCACCCACAGCUACAUCUAAAUCAUUGAGGUCCAUCCUGUGUCCAAAAUGCGGCAAGAGAUUCGAAAAAAAAUCUGACCUGAGAGCUCACGAAAAAGUGCACGUCUUAAGAAAGCCGUAUCAGUGUUCCACAUGUGGAAAGAGUUAUGCUGGGAAAGAUGAGCUUACUUUACACAUGCGUCUGCACACAGGUGAGAAGCUGUUUACCUGCUCUUACUGCAACAAAAAGUUCACCAAAGAGAGGUGUUUGAAGUCCCACUUAAGGAGCCACACAGGGGAAAAGCCGUUCUCUUGUUCUCAAUGUGGGAAAAGUUUUUCUCAAAAAAGUGCCCUAAAAAAUCACCUGCGGCUGCAUGCAGGAAAUCUGCCUUAUCAGUGUGAUCAUUGCGGGAAGCUUUUUAACAGUGGAGUUGCUAUGAGGACCCACAAGGUGAUCCACACCGGUGAGAAGCCUCUUCCAUGUCCACAAUGUGACAAAAGGUUUUUCCUAAAGAUUGACCUAAAGACUCACCUAUAUAGCCAUUCUGGGAUCAAACCAUUCAGCUGUUCUGUGUGUGGGAAGAGUUUCGUAACGAAGCAGGUACUUAACACUCAUCAGGUCGUUCACAAGGACGACCGCCCCUUUCACUGCACGCAGUGCGAGAAAAGCUUUAAAAGGAUGAGCCAUCUGACAUCACACAUAAAGACCCACAGCUCUGACACCCCUUACAAGUGCACCUACUGCAGCAAAUCCUUCAAACUUCCCUUUUACCUAAAACUGCAUGAGGGUAUUCACAGUGAAGAGAAGCCUUACAGAUGUGAGAAGUGUGAAAAAAGCUUUCAUUCAUACAGGGAUCGCAAUAGACAUCAGAUUGUACAUUCAGAGGAAAAAUGUUACAAGUGCUCAAUCUGUGAUAUGAGGUUUCGCUUCAGCAGUUCGCUGAGGAGUCACAAAGCCAUUCACUCUGAGGACAAACCUUAUCACUGUGAGAAGUGUGGAAAGAGCUUUAACAGACUCGAUUCCCUGAAAAGCCAUAAAGCGAUCCACACUGAUGAAAGACCUUAUAAGUGUUCUCAAUGUGAUUUGUCUUUCAAGACUUCAUCUUCGCUCAGGUUCCACAAAAUGAUUCACUCCAAGACCCUGCUACACUGCAGCAUCUGUGACAAAACCUUCACUCGCCAAAAAUCGUUCAAAAUUCAUCAAGAUGUUCAUGCAGGGAUUAAAGUCUACAAAUGCUCUGAUUGUGGAAAAUGUCUGAGCUCGGAAAGUUGGUUGAAAAAGCACAUGGAGCAACACUUUGAAAAGAAAAUUUACCACUGUGGUGAGUGUGAGAAGAGUUUCAGUUCCGUGGCAUACUUGAGGAAGCACCAGAAGAUGGUGCACAUUGAUGAGAAGCUGUAAAUAAUACCAAAGUGACACUGGUUACUCAACAGCUGCAAAAUUCACGAGAGAAGGAGCAUACUUGCUCCCAUUGCGUAAAGGUAGAUGUAGAAAGAGGAUCAGUCGGCAUGAGACGAUUCACUCUUUGAUUUGAACAACACUUAGGGCCUUAUUUUAACGAUCUGAAAUGCAAGUGCGAAGCGCAAAGCGCAAGUGACUUUGUGGGCGGAUCUUGGGCGCUGUUGCUAUUUUCCCGGCGGGAGAAAUAACUCUUGCGCCAGGCGCAAAUCAAUAAGGGGUUGGUCUGAAGUAGGUUCAUUAUUCAUAGGUGUGGUCUGGGCGUAACGUCAAAUAAACCAAUCAGAACGUCAUCCAACAUUCCCUUUAAACGCAAGUGCGCAAGUUCCAUGGCGGGUUGCUAUUAUUAUGACGGAUUUACCAGGGGAGCGGUUCACAGCCGAGGAAACCGACGUUCUUGUAAGAGCAGUCAAAGACAGAGAAGUUGUUUUGUAUGGGGAUGGGAGAAACCCGCCCAAAUCAGCAUUGGUUAAACAGGCGUGAGAGAGGAAAUAGCCACAAUUGUCUCAUCAGCUGGCAUCCCCAGGACGUUGCGCCGCAAGCGCUACAAUGAUGUCAGGAGACGGGGGAAUCCCAAGCUUGCCAGCAUAAAUCGGGCACGCCGUGUAACGGGAGGUGGAUCUGCCUCUACACAGGACCUGACGCCAGAUGAGGACAUCGCUGCGUCCACCCUCCCCGCUGAAAGCCAAGAAACGCAACGUCCAACCCCAAAGUACACUUACAAAUCAAGUUCACAUACAUUAAGGUUUCUUAUGAAAACAUUUGAAUUAUUAUUUACAUAAAAUAAACGUAACACAGCCACACAACAAAAAUAUUUUAAUCGUUAUUUGCAUGAUAAUUUUUUAACGCAGCCACACAAUAAAUAAAAACUAUCACCACAAUGCUCACUACAAUGAUUUCCCUUAUCUCAUGUGUUAAUAUUUUUUAUUGUAACAAUUUAUGAUUAGCAAAAAUAACUGUUGCAUCUGUGUAGAUUAGAUAAGCAAAGUUAUGCACGCUAUACAUUAUGGUCAAGCAUGCGCCCUUAAAAUAGCAUAAUGAACAACGCGCAACGCGCCACUGACUUUAGACUAGUUUUUUUCUGGUCAGUGGCGCAAUUGUUUUUUGAAACUGCAAAAUAGCAUCAGGGAUGGUUUGCGCCGGAACACGCCUCCUUUUUUGCGCUGAACCGCCCAGGGAGCGCAAGUUCAUUCCCUAGUUUGCCGACGUGCGUCUGUGGAGGGAAAAACCCGCUGUGCGCCGGUGCAAAAUACGAAUGAUACAUGCGUCACUGACAAAGUCAAUUGCGCUGGGUGCAAGAUAGGGCCCUUAAUGUUCAUUUUCAAAACUGUGCUACUCACUAAGUGGUUUGUGGUGUUCGUUGAUGAUUAAAAACAAGUAGUGUAGCGAAAUACAGUUUCUGUCGUGUUUUAUUUGGCAUUUUGUAAGACUCGAAUAUAGAGCGGAAGUAUAUACGCGGUUGUAAGGUAUCUAAAGAAAUAGUUCCAUUAUAGCAAAUAACAAGGAUUGAAAUCAUACAUUACGCCAAUAUAUUUGUUUUAAUUCAUCAACGAACACCACAAACCACUCAGUGAGUAGCACAGUUUUGAAAAUGAACAUUAUUAAGUGUUGUUUUAAUGACAUGUUUGUGCAGUCAAGAGACGCUUCUAAACGAGUCAAAAAGUCAAGACACCACCCAUUGUCAAAAUUUCAGUGUCCAUCACUGUAGUUCAUCCAAAACAAACCAGAAAUGACACUCAAAGUGUUAAAUACCGGAAUUAUCCUUUAAAACAGUUUCCCAGCUUAAAAAUGUCUGGUUGUUGCGUUUGGUUGCACUAAUAUAAUAUACUAAUAUACAUAUAUAUGUAUCUGGCCACUUUAUAUUUGGCCAUCUGCUAACGUCUUCUAUCCACUCCACUGUAGUACACGGAUCUGGUAGAUGUGUUAAAAAAGUUGAUAAGUCAACUUUUUAAAAUAACAUUCUCUGUGUUGCUUCAUUCUUAUUCUUGCCAUACUUCUGUUACCAAACUGCGCGGGCAUACUUUGCUACUUCAUCAUUGUGUACAAACAGUAAAAGGGUUUAUUGAUCUAAGCUGUUGUGUUUAUUAAUUCAUACAGCUUUGCUUUAGUAAACAUUUUUUCCUCUGCUGUUAACUUCAACCCACUGUUCACUCUCGAUUGGGAAAUAGGUAUGGUUUCUAAAUUUGUUUAAAAUGAAAUGUAUUGAAAGCUCAGCUUUGUUAUAUAAAAAAAGGAAAUAAAUUGUACUGUCAAUUAUUACUUUUAUUUUUAAAGUCUUAUGAUUAAUAUACUGAAAUAAAUAUAUUUGCAUAUUUUUAGCAAAUAUCUUGACAAAAAACUUUAUUAAAUUUGCAUGUCUACUUAAGAUGGUCUGUUCAUGAAUCUUUUUCCUCAUCUGUAUUCAAGACUAAUCUGAUUAAAGGUUUAUUGUAAACAUUUUUAGGAUUGGGUUUUCUAAAACACUUCUAGCUUGACCACAGAAUCAGAUAUAUUU